CCUCACUUGAGCCUGCCAGAAUUAAACCUCACCAUGUUCUGCCUUAAAGGAGCGCUUCACAACAAGCUGCCAGAAUGAUGAAAACAACAUUUCCGAGCUUCAAUCUCUCGCUGAUAAAUCAUGUGUGAAAGGAAGCCACAGUGAGAAAAUGGCUUCUCACAACUCAAAGACUGGCAUCAAGAUAAAUGUUACAAAGGCAGCGCAGGAAUCCAGUCCAGUGGAUGAAUAUGUCACACCUGGGGGCUAUGAGCUGGAGAAAAUCCUAAACCGUGGGAGUGUGGCUUACACUCAUGUCAACGAAGUCUGGCCUAAUGUCUACAUCGGGGACGAGCAGACUGCAAAGGACAGGUGUAAUUUGAAGAGGUUGGGGAUUACGCACAUCUUGAAUGCAGCAGAAGGGACAUGGAACAACGUGGACACUGGAGCUGGUUACUACGGUGACAUGGACAUUGUGUACUAUGGCCUGGUAGCAGAAGACAUCACAGCCUUUAACCUCAGCCAGUAUUUCUUCUCUGCAGCCCGAUUCAUAGAAGAGACAUUGAGCAAUCCUCUGAAUAAGCUGCUGGUGCACUGUGUGAUGGGAAGGAGUCGGUCCGCCACACUUUUCCUAGCCUACCUCAUGAUCUGUGAGAACAUGACGGUGGUGGACGCCAUCGAGCACGUGAAGAGCCGCAGGAGGAUCAUCCCCAACUGGGGCUUCCUGAAACAGCUGAGGGAGCUAGACAUGCAGCUCCUGGAGAAACGGGAAGAGGGUACAGAGCAGAAACCAGCGUAGGACUCAAGGGCGAGUUCAGCCCCAGUCUAGCCUCAAGUCAUUAAAGACAAAUUCAAGUCUAGGCUUUGGAAGUCCAAUUUAGGUCUCAAGUUCAAGUUGACUUUCAAGUGAUUUGUUAAGAGUCAAGUAUCAAGUCGAGUUUCCGAUUGAAUGAAGAGUAGUCACUAGUCAAGGUCAUUUAUGACACAAGUUAAAGGAGACACAUUAUGCUAGGUAUCAACAAGUGUAACAAUCUCGUCAUGUUGCAAAUCUACUGUAAAUGACUAAAUUACGAGUCAAGCUGAGAGAUUGAUCCAUGAAAAUGACACAGUAUUUGAGCAUAUUCAAUUUAAAGUUGUAGGAACCAUUUUCUUGUAAAGCAGAGGUCUAAAAAUGAAAUACUUGAUGUGCAUGGGUAUGCAAGGCCUCCCUUUUGUUGCCCCAAUACUGAAAAUGUUCUGAACUUUUCUGGGAUUUCACAAUGUAGACGUGAAUGAUUCAUGUUCCCAGUUUCAUGCCAGUGUGGUUAAUCCACGCUCCCUUCAUAUUUUGUAUUUCUUUCUAAAUACUUUCUGCAAGAACAAACAUCUGCCUGGAUCUGUGAUUGCAUUCUGCCUGGAUCUGUGAUUGCAUUCUCAUUCUGAAACACACCUCAAGCUAUAAAAUAUCACAUUAAAAGGAGAACAAUCAAG